CCAGUCUCCCCAGUAUACUCCCAUACAGCAAUCAGUUGCAUUGUGACGCCCGCCGUUACUAUCGCUAAUCCUGCCAAAUAACGGCCGAGACGCUGAUCCUUGCUGCAGGGUUAGUUUACCCACACCGACGACCGACUCGCAAACCAGCCCACUCGCUGCCAGUGACCAAAAAUGUUUGACGACCGGCAGAUCGGCUAGGUAUAAAAAAGCUUGAUGGCAACCAGCAAAAGUUCCCUAUCCACAUGGGACGUCACCCGUUUACUUGUUGUCAGGACCGGGCAAUUUCCAUAUCGUUGCUUGUCUUCAGUCAAUACGCUGCUUGCACCUCAAGUUCAAAUGGAUAAGGUAUUCAAGAAAGGUGGGAAAUUUAUCGGCGUCGAGCAGGAUAUUGGCCCAGUUUUCUGCCGCUUCUUGCCUGCCACUGUUAGCACCUACACGCAUGAGCCGGACCGUUUAAGUUAAGCUUGGGAUCUACAAUCCAGUGUCACCGUCACACUGCCUGAAGAGCAACUCCGUGUCCGUGGGAUUGUUUUUCUGGAUUUUGUUUGUCAUGACAUGUCAUAGAUGUUUCCCGUUCUCGAAAUUGAUGACAGCGCGCUGCUGCUGUCAGGCCUUUGGGUUAAGCAUGUUUAACCGGUCCAGUUGACCAGAUUUUGUUUUAUUUGUUUGAAAACAUCUCUAUGAUGUCACAAUCAAAAUUUGUACUCCUUUUUUUUUGUUUCGGUUUUUCUGAUGGUGCCCCAAUAACUUUUCGCUCCGAGAAAACAUGAGCAUCAAAGCGAUGACGAUGAGGCAACACACCCAGAGCUUUCAAGGUUUCGAGUUCUAGGUCUCGCAAGGCCCAUUGUCGAGGCUUUAUCCAAACAUUGACUAUGGAUUGGCAAAAUACAGAGCAAUUAAUCUAAGUUAAAAACAACU